UGUCUGGCGUCCAGUGGAGAAGGUACCGUUGGGGAAGUGGCGUACAUGGGCACGUGACACCGCUUGGACGCCGUCUGCAGCUCUCGGAAUCAGCGCGCAACGCCGCCAGCAUCAACAUUACAAACACACACCCACGACCAUCGCCCGCACACCGACGACCUGCGCCGUCGCUCUUUUUCGCAGGACACAUUUCGUUUAUACCAUAGGAUACACGCCGAAUCGCACACUCUCGCUGAGCCAGUGUCAUGGGUAACCAGCAGUCCAGCGGCGCUGGAGGAGGCCCCGGCGGCGACGACAAGAAUAAGAAGGACAAGAAGGACAAGCCCAAGUACGAGCCCCCACCGCAACCCACCACCCGCAUCGGCAGGAAGAAGAAGAAGGCUGCCGGACCGAGCGCCGCCGCGAAGCUCCCUGCCGUCUACCCCACCGCGCGAUGCAAGCUGAGAUAUCUACGGAUGCAGCGCAUCCACGAUCACCUAUUGCUCGAGGAAGAGUACGUCGAGAACCAGGAGCGUCUGCGGAAGGCCAAGGCAGCGGCAAGCUCCAACCAGCCCGUCAACGUCAACGCAGAGGGCGAUGACCGCAACGCAGAUGAGAGGUCACGGGUAGACGACAUGCGAGGCAGCCCGAUGGGUGUCGGCAACCUGGAGGAGCUCAUCGACGACGACCACGCUAUCGUUUCCAGCGCAACCGGCCCCGAAUACUACGUUUCCAUCAUGUCGUUCGUCGAUAAGGAUCUUCUGGAGCCUGGAGCAAGCAUCUUAUUGCACCACAAGUCCGUGUCCGUGGUUGGUGUGUUGACUGAUGAUGCGGAUCCGCUUGUCUCGGUCAUGAAGCUGGACAAGGCACCCACAGAGUCGUAUGCAGAUAUUGGGGGUCUGGAGCAACAAAUCCAGGAAGUCCGCGAGGCGGUAGAGCUCCCCUUGCUCCAUCCCGAGCUAUACGAAGAGAUGGGCAUCAAGCCACCGAAGGGUGUCAUCUUGUACGGAGCACCAGGAACCGGAAAAACGCUGCUCGCCAAAGCCGUUGCCAAUCAGACCAGCGCGACGUUCCUGCGCAUUGUUGGCAGCGAGUUGAUCCAGAAGUACCUUGGAGACGGACCCCGGCUUGUACGACAGCUCUUCACGGUCGCAGCGGAGAAUGCGCCCUCAAUUGUCUUCAUUGACGAAAUCGAUGCCAUCGGUACGAAGCGAUAUGAGUCAACAUCCGGAGGUGAACGUGAAAUCCAGCGCACUAUGUUGGAGUUGCUCAACCAACUCGACGGUUUUGAUGACCGCGGCGAUGUCAAGGUCAUCAUGGCGACCAACAAGAUCGACACCCUGGACCCCGCGCUGAUUCGUCCUGGUCGUAUUGACAGGAAGAUUCUGUUCGAGAACCCUGAUCAAUCGACCAAGAAGAAGAUUUUUACUCUGCACACAUCCAAGAUGUCUCUCAACGAAGACGUUGAUCUCGAUGAAUUUAUCAACCAGAAGGAUGACCUCUCCGGUGCCGACAUCAAGGCCAUCUGCUCCGAAGCUGGUCUGAUGGCGCUGCGUGAGCGGAGAAUGCGCGUCAACAUGGAGGAUUUCCGCACUGCGAGAGAGCGCGUGCUCAAGACAAAGACCGAGGGUGAGCCAGAAGGCUUGUAUUUGUAGACCUGGGUUGGACUUCUGGACGUGUACAAGUACCCUAGACAAUGCUUGGUCACCAGCGUCUACCUACUACACGGUAGGCUGAUAAUUCUCUCAUAAUAUGAUCAUGCGUACCAAC